AUACCUUAAAAGUACAAAAUAAAUAGUCCAAAUCACAUUUAAAUGUCAAAAUUUAUUUCUUAUAUAAAAAAAAUUAGAAUUACAAAUAAAAAAAUGUUCAUCCAGGAAAUGUGUUUGGUGUUUUACAUCCAAAGCAUCAAGUAUACUCAGGAAAUCACACGGGAUCGGAAAUCGAACCUCGAGACAAAGCUGCAUACCAUUGACCAACGUACUCGAUUUGGAAGAUGUAGUCAUGGUAAAUUAAAAUUUAUAUUUUUAUUUACAGAUGGAAAUGAAAUAUAUAGAAAGAAAUUUCACAGUCAGAGGAGUUUCAGCGCAAAGCUAUGCUACAGUUGUGACAGGCUUUUUUGAUAUUGGACCGUUUAAGAGAACCAAUCAUGAAUUUCGGAGACGAACUUUCUAUUACAAUGGUGCAGGAAUAUUUAAACGUCUCAGAAAUAUGCUCGUCGUUUAUUCGGAUUCCAGGCCUUUUCUAAACCAUAUCAAAAAUAUUCGAAGCGAUAGAUUAAAUGAAACAAAAUUGAUAUUUUUUGAACGGUCAUCUGCAUGGCCGUUUCAUUUAGCUAAAACAAUAAGACGAAUUUAUAGUUCUGUUAGUUAUCCUAAACACUAUCCGACUACACUUUCAUCACUGUACACAUGCACUAUGCAUGCCAAGUAUUAUUGUUUAAAUCAUUCUGCUACAAAUAACUUUUUUAAAACAAAACACAUCAUGUGGUUAGACGUAGGGUACUUUUGGAGGCGGCUGAAGACUCAAAGAAACUUUUAUCUGAAAACGCCGAAUAAUUUUAAUGAUUCAAAAAUAGCUAUGACAAGAAUAUACACUGGUCGAAGUAUUCCCAGAAGUCCAAUUGACAUUAUAAAACAUAACCAUUUUCUAGUUGGGGGUGGGUUAGUGUACGGUGAUAUUAAUGUAAUGUUGCAGUUUUCUUCCCAAUAUAAAAGAGCUGUCGAAUACUUUUUAGCAAAUAAUGCAAGCAAUUCGGAUCAGCAAAUAAUACUUGCCAUUUUUACACAAGAAGGCCGAAAUGCUAUCAAACCUGAAGUAGAGAUUCAAAUGUAUGGAACGGCGAGCAACCGCGACUGGCACUUUCUAGGUGAUAGUAUGAUAGAGGAAUAAAUAUGCUAACAUAGAAAGCGAUAUUUUUUUAACGAUUGUGUGAACUUAUUUUUACUUUAAAAUAUAUUGUCCUACAAAAUCAAAACAACAGAAACGAAAUCUUAUGGAAAUUGGAAAAUCAGUUAAAUUCGCGACAUCAUUAAUAUCCCAUUAGGCUUUAAAUCUAAUGUGUCUUAGAAUUUUAUGGGCUAUGCUACAUAUAUACGUCUUCCUCAGUAUUCUUCUUUUUUCCAAGUUUGACUACAGUGGUCUUGGCUUAAUAAGCAUAGGCAUAUGUAAGCUUUCUUUGAUUUAUAAAAUGGCUAUUACAGACAGCAAUAAGUUAUGAAGUAUUGAAUGUACCCAAGUGAUUCUGUGAUGUAUUUCUUUUGUGUGAUAUGUUUGAAAUAUUGU